CAGCUCUGACAGAAAUAGCCGAGCAGGAUGACGGCAUUUACACACAUUGGGCUCUCGGCUUUCCUGCCGCUUUGAUCAUCGCCAAAAAGAAAGUCGAACCGUCUCGCUUUCAGGACUGCCCGCCAGAAGGGGACAAAAGAAACAAGCCCAGGUUCGGCUUUGUGUUGGCAUUGUCUACUUUUAGCAGCGCUGCCCUGGAUCGCUGCGUUUGGAACUUUCACCGGGUCCGAGUCGAGCAGACGGCGGGCGGAGGUUCGAUCCCAGGCUCCAGCGGCAAUGGGGCUCCCCACUCUGGAGUUUACCGAUUGCUCCCUGGAUAGCCCCGACUUCAGGGAUCGUCUGAAAGCGCAUGAGAUCGAGCUGGAGCGGACCAACAAAUUCAUCAAGGAACUGAUAAAAGACGGGCUUAUGCUGAUUAAUGCAUUGAAAAAUUUGUCUGCAGCAGUUCAGAGGUUUUCACAGUCAUUGCAGGAUUUUCAGUUUGAGUGCAUUGGUGAUGCAGAGACUGAUGAUGAAAUUAAUAUUGCUCAGUCCUUCAAAGAAUUUGCACAACUUCUUCAUACUGUUGAAGAAGAGCGAAGACGAUUGAUUCAGAAUGCUAAUGAUGUUUUAAUUGCACCACUGGAGAAGUUUCGUAAAGAUCAAAUCGGAGCAGCAAAGGACGGAAAGAAAAAAUUUGAUAAAGAAAGUGAGAAAUACUAUUCUAUAUUGGAGAAGCAUUUGAAUCUAUCAUCAAGGAAAAAGGAAGCACAUUUACAAGAGGCUGAUACACAAAUUGACAAGGAACGGCAGAAUUUUUAUGAAGCUUCAUUGGAAUAUGUGUUCAAAGUUCAAGAAGUUCAGGAAAAGAAGAAAUUUGAGUUUGUUGAACCUUUGUUGGCAUUUCUUCAAGGGUUAUUCACAUUCUACCAUGAAGGCUAUGAGCUUGCACAGGAAUUUGCCCCAUACAAACAGCAGCUCCAGUACAAUCUGCAAAACACCAGAAAUAAUUUUGAAAGUACCAGACAGGAAGUGGAAAAAUUGAUGCAGAGAAUGAAGUCAGCCCCUCAGGAUUACAAACCGCCUGGUCAAUGGACAAUGGAGGGAUAUCUUUAUGUGCAGGAAAAACGACCCCUUGGAUUUGCAUGGAUAAAACACUACUGUACCUAUGACAAAGCAACAAAAGCAUUUUCAAUGACCUUAUGUGAACCAAAGUCAGGAGGAAAAUUGAAUGGCCUUGUAACAGCUUCAGAAAUAUUCAAACUGAAGUUUUGCAUUCGAAGAAAGACAGACUCAAUUGAUAAACGCUUCUGUUUUGAUAUUGAAGUGGUGGAAAGACAUGGCAUUGUAACACUACAAGCUCAGUCUGAAGCCAACAGGAAACUUUGGUUGGAAGCAAUGGAUGGAAAAGAGCCAAUAUACACUCUACCACCUCUUAGCAAGAAAGAAGAAUUGUACCUUAAUGAGGCAGGUUUUAAUUUUGUAAAGAAAUGCAUUGAAGCUGUGGAGGCAAGAGGUAUUAAUGCCAUGGGACUGUACAGAAUGAGUGGAGUAAAUUCCAAAGUGCAGAAGCUAAUGAAUACUGUAUUUGCACCUAAAGCAGCACCUGACAUGGAACUUGAUAGUGAAUUGUGGGAUAUGAAGACCAUUACAAGUGGCCUUAAAAACUAUCUCAGAUGCCUUGUAGAACCAUUGAUGACUUAUAAACUGCAUAAGGAUUUAAUUGCAGCUGUUAAAUCAGAUGACCAAAAUUACAGAGUCCGUGCUGUUCAUGCAUUGGUUUAUAAAUUGCCAGAAAAGAACAGAGAGAUGCUUGACCUUUUGCUGAAACAUUUGGUGAAAGUUUCCACUCACAGUCAAAAGAACCUGAUGACUAUAUCUAACUUAGGUGUGAUUUUUGGUCCAACAUUAAUGAGAUCCCAAGAAGAGACUGUAGCAGCAAUGAUGAACAUUAAAUUUCAGAACAUUGUGGUUGAGAUUCUGAUUGAGAAUUAUGAAAAGAUAUUCCAUACUCUACCUGACCCAAAUGUUCCUCUUCCUCAACCUGAGCAGCGAUCUGGAUCGAGACGAAGCAAGGCAACUUGCCUGUCAACAGGCCCGCGAAGACCCAAAGCCAUCUAUAGCCCAACAUUGUGUCUGGCUGAUGCAGACAGUGAUGCUUUCAGCAGCAGCCCAGACAGUACACCGAUGGGAAGCAUUGAGUCUCUGUCCUCUCAUUCCUCAGAGAUAAACAGUUCCUUGAAAACCAGCUCUUCUCAGCGUCAUUUGCAAAGGGAGAUAGGAGACAGUGGAAUACCAUGGGUGUCAGCACCUGCCUCACUGCCUGGACAAAAGAGCACAAUUGUCUGGACGACUAGCCCAGAAUCAAGUUCCAGUGAAGAUACUGUCAAAACAGAUGGUCAGGCAGGUUCUCAGAGUUUGUUGUCUGUCAGUAAUGUAGGAAACACAUCUCAGACAUUAAACUUGUGCAGUGAGGGAUCCUAUAAAUACACUGGGCUUAAAAGAUCAAUAACAACUUCUCUAACAUCUCUCCCUACAACAGAUGGUACUAAUACUAGAACCUUUAGUAGUUCUGUUCAAAAUCUUUCUUCAGUGGAUUUCAAAGAUACACCCAAAACUGCAUCUAACCCAGCACUUCCUCCAAAAGUGACUAUUAGACGAAGACUAGACACAUCAACAAGCAAUGGCUAUCAGAAACCUGGAUCAGUAGUUGCAUCCAGAGCUCAGUUAUUUGAAAAUAUUGGUACUGCUAAACCAAGUUCAUCCAAAUGCCAAGCCAAAGCUAUGUAUGCUUGUAAAGCCGAACACAGUCAUGAACUUUCUUUCCCACAGGGAGCAAUAUUCACUAAUGUACAUGCAUCAGUGGAACCAGGUUGGCUACAAGGAACAUAUGAAGGGAAAACAGGACUGAUCCCUGCAAAUUAUGUUGUCUUUCUUUGAUAACUGCUAGCAAGACUAGAACAUCUCCAUGGUAUCCAUGGUGAACAAAAUAUCACAAACUAAGAAUAUUAUAUUCCAACACACCUAAACAGAUGUCAGACAGUCAGAAGUGGUGGAGUAUCUGUAUCUGCAGAAUAUAUGCUUUUUUAUGGUAUGGAGUACAGGAUUGUAGUCUGCAUCAAUAUCUGUUCAUUUUAAUUAAAUAAAUACUCACCUUAUUAUCCGUAGUUAUUGAAACAAUUGAUUUUGCAGUGUUGAAAAUGGAAAAGAUGAUUGAUUGAAGUUAAGUGUAUAUAGAUGUACAUAUAUGUUUUAAAAAGCUAUGGCAUAAGUAUUUCAAGACUCCCUGUAUUAAGUCCCAAAUACUGGAUAUGGGUUUUAUCAUAACAGUAUGACCAAUGGAGGGUUUGUUCCAUUGAUUUAUGUUUAUUUCCCUGAAAAAUGUCACAUUGGAUGGAGAAAGGAGAAAUGUGUACACAUUUAAUGAUCUCAGCCUGCUGUCUUCCUCUGUAGCAAAUGUGACAGAGUUGGGGCUCCAGAGCCACCUCAGAUGCUUCAUGCAGAGUUGGCCACCACUGCUCAAGCCAUUGUCUUCCACGGUGAAAGGCUGUCACAUUAUCACAGCUGCACAAACUCUGCUUUUUUACAUCUGUAAUUUGAACCCAGCUGGAUUGUUUUUCUUUCAGGCAGAAACUCUGUUGCUUUUCCAAACUAAAUCUCCCUUUUUUUUGCAAUCAAAUAAUUUAAUUGAUUACAUUGUAAAUUGAAU